CGGACAGCGGUAGCAGACGGAGCACAGAGAGACAGAGAGAAAAGGAGAAGCUGCGACUGUCGCAUCCUGAGAUAAGAGAGCAGAGAGAGAGAGAAGCAGAAGAGGGCAGCACGUCUUUGUCUGGGAGCACAGCCAGCAGGAGAGCACAUCAUCAUCAUCAUCAUCAUCGGAGCUCCGUUGGGUUUUUUCAUUUCAUCUCCGGGGGAUUACAGUCUCUGAGGCGGAGGCAGCAAUCAUCCGGUCACGGUGUUUACAUCCCGAACCUUGCCUACACAGUGGAAGUUCUCUGGAAGACCUGUGGGGACGCGCUGCCGAGCGCGUAACGGCGCUUUUCCAUGUUGGUGUUGCUCAGAAACGGAUGGGUCCGAUUGGAAUUGCGUUUACAUUGUUUCUUUUAAGGUCGGAACUGCAUGUUUUCAUAAAAGUUAUUUUUUUAUAUAUAUAUAUAUAUAUAUAUAUAUAUAUAUAUAUCUUAUAUAUAUCUGUCCCGCAGCUUUGCUCCGCAUCGCUCAGCAUGUUCGGAUAGUGCGUAAUUAUUGUUUUCCUGGGCCUUUUACCCACCGGCGUCACAGGUAGGGUACUUUAUAUAUCUAGGCUACACCACCGCUGAUGACAACACAUUACCACGCAGAGUGAAAGGUGACAGCUCGUGUUCUGGUCCCGGGCUGCAGCCUCUUUAAAAAAAAAGAAAAAGAAAAGAAAAGAAAGACACUCCGCGUCCAUCAUGGAGGAUGCUGGAGGGCUACAUCUAUGCACCUGGAAAAAGGCGUCCAAAAGCAGCGCGCGGCGGGACGUCCUGAAAGCAUACCUGGGAGUUUUUGUCAUGCUUCAUCUCGUGCUUCACACGGAAGCGUCCUCGGUGUCCAAGUCCUGCGAUCCGAACUGUUUUUCAGGGAAGUGCAUCAACGGGACGUGCGUGUGUGACCACGGCUGGGUCGGGGAUCAGUGCCAGCACUGUCAGGGGAGAUUCAAGUUAACAGACCUGUCAGGCUCUCUCACAGAUGGACCAGUGAACUACAAGUACAAGACCAAAUGCACUUGGCUAAUAGAAGGAUAUCCGAAUGCAGUGCUCCGGCUGCGCUUCAAUCACUUUGCCACUGAGUGCAGCUGGGACCACAUGUACGUCUACGACGGAGACUCCAUUUACGCCCCUUUGAUUGCCGUCUACAGUGGUCUAGUGGUAGCAGAGACCAGGGCUAACGAGACGGUCCCAGAGGUAGUGACAUUGUCCGGCUACGCUCUGCUUCACUUCUUCAGCGACGCUGCCUACAACCUGACCGGCUUCAGCAUCGCCUACUCGAUGAACUCGUGUCCCAACAACUGUUCGGGCCACGGCCGAUGCAGCACAGCCAACUCGGUCUCGGGCCGCGUGUACUGCGAGUGCGAUGAGUACUGGAAAGGAGAAGCCUGCGACAUCCCGUACUGCAGGGAUAACUGUGGCAGCCCGGGCCACGGCUACUGCGACCUGACCGGAGAGAAGCUCUGCGUCUGCAACGACAGCUGGCAAGGUCCAGACUGCUCUCUGUCCGUUCCCUCCACUGAGGCCUUCUGGGUGCUGCCUAGCGUCAAACCGUCGGCUCAGUCUCUGGGCCGGGCGUCCCAUCAGGCUCUGGUGCACUCUGGGCUGAUGUGGGUGGUGGGAGGAUACUCUUUCAACUACUCCAACUACCACAUGGUCCUCAACUACAACCUGGAGAGCGGUACGUGGGAUGUGGUGCCCGUCAGCAGCGGCCCCCUCUACAGAUACGGCCACUCAUUGGCUCUGUACCAGGAUGACAUCUACAUGUUUGGUGGGAAGCUGGAGGCGAAAUCGGCCAACGUCACGGACGAGCUGUGGGUGUUCAACAUCCCCAGGCGCACCUGGUCACCACAGAAACCAGCCCCGCCUCCUCCCUACGCCCUGGAGGGGCACAGCGCCCACGUGGUGGAGCUGGCCGACGGCGAGCCGGUGAUGCUGAUCUUCUUCGGCUACUCGUCGGUCUACAGCUACAGCAACAAAGUUCAGGAGUACAACAUCAGGUCUAACUCGUGGCAGGUUGUGUCUGCCGAAGGGGCCGUGGUCCAGGGAGGGUACGGCCACAGCAGCGUCUACGACGAGGCCAGCGGCUGCGUGUUUGUCCACGGCGGAUACAAGGCGCUGAGCAACAACAAAUACGGCCUGGUGGACCACAUGUACCGAUACCACGUCCGCACCAAAACAUGGCUGAUCCUCGGGGAGAGUGGCAUAGCGCGGUACCUCCACUCUGCGGUGCUUCUGAGUGGCACGGUGCUGGUUUUCGGGGGAAACACUCACAAUGACACGUCACUAAGUAACGGAGCCAAGUGCUUCUCUGCUGACUUCCUGGCGUACGAUAUGGCUUGCGAUAAGUGGACUGUCCUCCCCAGACCUGGGCUGCACCGGGACGCCAACCGCUUUGGACAUUCUGCCGUGGUUAGUAAUGGCUCCAUGUACAUCUUUGGAGGUUUUUCGGGCCUCCUUCUGAACGAUGUGCUGGCCUACACCCCUCCGUCCUGCCAGGCCUUUUCUAACCCAGCUUUGUGUGCUGCUGCUGGGCCAGGCCUCCGCUGCCAUUGGGUCAAAAGUAGAUGCGCCCCCUGGGAGCCAAAAGACGGCGAGCACAUUAUCCCUGCUCCUUUUUGCCCCGUGCGACCUGACAGCAAAGACGAGCAGUGUUUCCGGUUCUCAGACUGUGCCAGCUGCACCGCCAACACACGGGGCUGUCAGUGGUGUGAGGACAGGAAAUGUAUAUCUGCAUCCAGUAACUGCACCGUGCUGACUCUGGAGCUGGCACAGCAGCAUGGCGGCGCUCUGUCUCUGUCUCGCCCACCGACCAUGCUGUCUGAACAUCAGCUGAGCUUGUGGAAACAUGGAGCCAGAAGGCGGGGACAUUCGGUGAGAGACUCGUCCAGCUGUAAGCGCCGGGAGGAGCAGGAGUGUUUCAGACUGGCCAACUGCAGGAGCUGCUCCCUCAACGCCAACUGUCAGUGGGAGGCGCAGCAGCAGGAGUGUCAGGCGCUGCCUGGCCAGCUGUGUGGCGAAGGCUGGCACCAUGUCGGGGAGGCCUGCCUGAGGAUCAACUCCAGCAGUGAGAGCUAUGAUAACGCCCAGCACUACUGCAAAAACCUGGGAGGAAAUAUUGCCUCUUUGCUCACAGACAAACAAGUCAAUUUUGUUCUGGAAGAGCUACAAAAAUACCAGCUGCAAGACAAGACUUUAUCUCCCUGGGUUGGCUUGAGGAAGAUCAACGUGUCGUACUGGGGCUGGGAGGACGCGUCCCCCUUCACCAACACCAGCCUGCGAUGGUUGCCCGGAGAGCCCAGCGACUCGGGCUUCUGUGCCUACCUGGAGCGGGCCCAGGUGGCUGGUCUUAAAGCCAACCCCUGCACGGCCACCACCGACGGCCUCAUCUGUGAAAAACCUGCCGGGAGUCCACAGAGUCAAAGCGCUCGUCCCUGUAGGACGCCCUGCUCUCUGCGCACCAGCUGCGCCAACUGCACCAGCCAGGCCAUGGAGUGCAUGUGGUGCAGCAGUACGCAGCGCUGUGUCGACUCCUCGGCGUACGUCAUCUCCUUCCCCUACGGACAGUGUCUGGAGUGGCAGACCCAGGACUGUGCUGCCCAGAACUGUUCCGGUCUGAGGACAUGUGCCGAGUGUUUGGAGAGGACGGAGUGCGGCUGGUGCGGUGAUCCCAGUAACACCGGCAGGGGUGUCUGCAUGGAGGGGUCCUACCGAGGCCCUCUGAAGCCCGCAAUCGCCAGGGCUGGGCCCCGAGACCGAGACAGACUACGAGACAGGGACAUGGUGCUGGAUCAGAGCCUCUGCUCGUCUGAUAGAGGCUACAACUGGGCCUUCAUCCAAUGUCCCGCGUGUCAGUGUAAUGGCCACAGCAGGUGUGUGAACGGCAGCGUGUGCGAGCAUUGCGGGAACCUGACGGCGGGGAUGCACUGCCAGAGCUGCAUGCCCGGUUACUAUGGCGACCCCACCAACGGAGGAAAGUGCAACGCAUGCAAGUGUAACAGCCAUGCCAACGUGUGCCACGUCAACACAGGGAAGUGCUUCUGUACCACUAAGGGCAUCAAGGGAGACCAGUGUCAGCUAUGUGACUCAGAGAACCGUUACCUUGGUAACCCUCUCAGAGGAACAUGUUAUUACAACCUGUUGAUUGAUUACCAGUUUACCUUCAGCUUGCUUCAGGAAGAUGACCGCCACUACACCAGCAUCAACUUCAUGGCUACACCUGAACAGGCCAACAAGAACCUCGACAUGUCCAUCAACGCCUCGAACAACUUCAACCUCAACAUCACGUGGUCCUUAAGCUCAACAGCUGGCACCAUCUCAGGCGAGGAGAUGCCCAUCAUAGCGAGGACCAACAUCAAGGAGCACCGUGACAGUUUCUCGUGUGAGAAGUUCAACUUCAGACUUCACCACAACAUCACCUUCUACGUCUAUAUGUCCAACUUCAGCUGGCCAAUCAAGAUCCAGAUUGCUUUCUCUCAGCACAACAGCAUCAUGGACCUUGUGCAGUUCUUUGUCACCUUCUUCAGCUGUUUCCUGUCUCUGUUACUGGUCGCGGCUGUGGUUUGGAAAGUCAAACAGACCUGCUGGGCCUCGCGACGUAGAGAGCAGCUGAUGAGAGAGCGACAGCAGAUGGCCAGUCGUCCCUUUGCUUCGGUCGCUGUAGCGCUGGAUGUCAACGGUGACCAGGAGGAGCUGUUACAGGCAGUUCCGAAACCCAUAGCCAUGGAGCCAUGUUGGGGGAGCAGAGCAGGUGUUCUGACGGUGCUGCUGUAUCUGCCCAGAGUCCCAUCUGGAAUACCUCCACCAGGACAGUCUGGUAUUGCAAUAGCCAGUGCUCUGGUCGACACAUCACAACAGCGAGUGAUGGACUUCAAAGAAAGAGGCCUGGGUCUGAAGCACCGCAAACACACCGUGCUCCAUCAAGGGACCUGUGUAUGAACUGGAUUCUCUCAACGAGGAAACAAGAUAGCCAUAGUGCCCACAGGGGAUUUCACUGGAGAUAUUCUCAUGGACUUAAGAAAAUUUACAAAAUUGGGUCCUUUGGAGGGUCUUUGAUAGUGGCUUGGAAAUGUAUCCACCAUCUCAUCAACAGGCACCCAAACUGGGAAAAAUGGCAAACUUCUUCAUCAACAUGCUCUUCUCGUCCCUUGUGUGUAUAUGUUGGUCCUGAUGUCCCGGGAAAACAACAAUUGGAAACCUGCAGAUUGACAGAGAAAAUGUGUUUUUCCACCACAGCUUUGGUUAGACAUUUACUAUGAAUACUGGCAGGCUUUUCCACUUCUGUGCGGCUCUGCAUCUCUAGGGCUUUACUUUUCUGUCAUGCAGUCUGCCAUAUUGACAGAGAAAAAAAACACUUGUUUUACACCAUUAAACCAGAGCUUCGAGCUUCUGUGAAAGAUAUUGAGCUGAAAUUAACUGAGCUGAAAUAAAGUCCUCCUGACUUAAAAUCCCACUCGGAAUCCGGAGCGACGCUGCAAAGAACAACAUGGACCUAACUAGAUCAAUGCAAAACACUGUUGCGGGCGGUGUUGUGUGACAAGGAUUUGCUUGAAGAGAAAGUCUCCUCUGGGAAUUUUAAAGACUACUACUAUUGAGAUGUUGAAGAAUGAAGAUCAUAGGAUGUAACUGUUGCGAUUUGUCCUUUAUGAAAUACAUGUAAUUCUUGUUUUUCCCUGCACCAACAUUUGAAGUUCUACAUUUUGAUAUCUGCUCAGGUCCUCUGUAAUGGAAAAGGGUCUAUUAUCUGUAGAUGUGGGCCUUAUACACGUCUGUAUAUGCACUAUAAGUGAAAUGCUUUACCAGUACAUUAGGACCCUUUGUGGGAUAAUAUUAUGCAACUGAUCAUCCAAAUGUAAUGUUUAUUCUGGACUGUAAUGUAACUUCAAGGUCGGUAUCAUCAAACACAUACUACUGAUGGUAAUUAUAUGCCUAUUAAUUCAGUUAUUACUGUGAAGAUACACUAUACAUCUUUUCUCAUGACCUCCAGUAAAUUCCAUGCCUGUUUACUUGUGAUACUAACUUUUAUGUAACAUAUCUCCUUCUGUAAUAUUUAUUAAUUAUGCAAAUUCAUUAUAAAAACAAUUUUACAAAUGCACUAAGGAUUUUUUUUAAAACAAAGACUAAAUAGAUUUUACAAAGGAAGUCUGUGCAGUAUUCCCUUUUUGCUUGUACCCUCAGUUUAUUUUAAUUUCCAAAUAUAUAUUUUAUGCAUAUCAUAGCAAGUUUUGAGUGAUGGCAAAACUUUUUUCCCUUCACCAAUCGUGUUAAAACCUUCAUCAAAUAUUGUAAAGUCACUUUUAUCAACUGCACAUACAGAGAAGAGUUACAUUACCGUUCAAACGUUUGGAAUCUCCUGCCAUAACAGCUUGAUUGGAUCCAGUCAGAUGUCUGAGAGGAAUACUCUAUAUGUUUUAAUGGUCUUUCAUGCUUUUAGGUUGUAAAAAGUCCUCUUUACAAAUUUAUGUUUUUUUCUGUUUGUACCUGAAAAACAAAAUGCUGUAUAAUGUUUCAACCAGACAGACAGUUGAAAGGGCAGAGAGAGACAAAGAUCCCUUUUCAGCAACAGUUGAAUAAGAAUAGAAAAAAUCAACCGUCAUUGGUAAAAGAAACUGGAAGCUUAGAAUCAAAAUGUGUGCACAUUUAAAUAGAAAUAGGUUCCUGUUUCAGUGUCAAGUGCACAAUAAUGUGGCCUAUAACGAGCUGGAAUUAAACAACAACGUGUUGCUUUAGCAAAACUCUUCUUCCAACUUCACAAUAGAAAUAGAAUGUUAGUCUAGGAUUAGCACUGUUGGAAUAUCAGAUGAACAUAUUACGGACUGACAACUCAAUGUUCACUUAAGCUUUUCUGGACUGGAAAAAAAAAUUCAAAAUCCAGGUUCCCACAGCAUUCUCCCCUGUCAGGCAACACUGUGGAGACACCAACUAAAUUGACAUUUGAAUAAUUUCAGGAAGGAAAAACUGCAAAACUAAUUCAAAUGUAAAUCAUCUUGGUGUCUAAUUAUACUGUUGUUAAAAAAGUUAUUAUUGAAGAAAAGAAUAAAAACAUCAAUAUAACCACUGAUUCCAAACUUUUGAACAGUAUUAUAUGUCUUUAUGCACAUGUACUGUCUAUAUAUUAAGCCUGAUUGUUUUCAUUCAGGCAUUUUGUCUUUUGUCUUCUUAUUUUGCACCAGUUUGUUGUCGAGAUUUGUAUUAACAAAGGGGCAGCUCACCACACUGUUUUUUUUCUCCAUAUGAGCAUAAAUAUGUACAUUUACAAUUAAAACAUUUUGAUGCCUUUUUCGUAUGGUGAUUAGAUCCAACAUUGUGUGUGUGAGUGUGAGUGUGUGUGUGUGUGUGUGUGGGGGGGGUUGUAUUGAUUGUGUUCUCAGGAUGUCAAUAGGGUCAAAUGACAAGCUCAGCCAACACUAUAGACUACAUAUAGUUACAUACAUACUGGCUCAGCAACCUAAAUGGACACACACACAAUGGGAAGGCACUGAGCACAGCAUGACUUGAAAUACGCUUAAUACAUACAAAUUACACAACAUCUCAACAGUCACACUUUUGUAUAGACUAAUUAUUAACACUUGAUGCACCAUUCGCAAUUACAUUAGUUAACUUGUAUACGCCGUAUAUGCCUUGCAGCUUUGUUCGACAUCUUACUAAACCUAAGAAUGGCACAACUCACAAGUCUGUCAGUUCUGGACCACAACCUGAUGUCAUAACAGUUACUGGAAAGAGUGACCACUAAAGACUCUAGUGCUCUCCUGACCUGUGGAAUACAACCAUCAGCCAAAAUGCUUCAUUGACCAAGACUUUGAUCCAUGGAAAAACAAUUAAUUUACACUCCAGAACAGUAACAGCUAGAUUCCCAUGAACGGUGCUGUGGAUAUCAUGGGUCCCUAGAGUAACCCUGUCACCUUUCUAACAAAAUGUGACACGCGAAUGUCCAAUGGAUGUGGCCGUGCUCUUCUCUCUCCUCUCUGUUGCUAUUACUUACCAACAAGAACAGCAUAGUUUAAAAGUGUAUAUAUGUUAAGACAAUUCAAUCCAUCAUGAAAAAACUGUCAAUAAAUACAGACAUUUCUGAA